AUGCACCACGGAGUGACACCGAUCGUUCGUUUUGCUCCCGGCUGCGCACACCAGGUACAGAGCGAACCCUUGCGGGACACGCUGGCAGAAGAGGAGCGGGGGAAUGGUCCCGGCGACGCCGCCGAUGUGCCCCUCACAUCAAAGGCGUCAUCUUCUUCGAAGAAGGCACUUCUCCCGGAGGAGGGGCAGUUGCCAGAACCGCCGCCGGCGACUUCGGCCGCGGAAGCGACAGAGGGCGCGGUAGAAGACGGGGAAGGGAAUUGGAGCGACGACGGUGAGGCUGGCGGGGGGGGAAACGGGGCCGGGAACGGGGUGCACAGCCUCACGGUAGGAGGGGAGAGCGUGGCGGCCGGUGCGGCCGAGACGGGGACCGACGCCGGGGUGGACGAAGGAGAACGUGCGGAGGAACGGGGAGAGCCCGGCCAGUCGCGUACGGAACCCGAUGGAGGAUCGGAACACCAAGAAGAAGGGGAACACGACGACCGCACGGAGGCAGCGGUUAGCAACCUGCUGGACGACAUGUUCGCAUCGGAAGAGGCCGCUGGCGCGGGGGCUGCCGCUGCUGCUGCCGCUGCUGCGAAGCUGGACGCGGGCACGAGCGACGAAGCGGUUAGCAACCUGCUCGACGACAUGUUCGCAUCGGAAGAGGCCGCUGGCGCGGGGGCUGCCACCGCUGCCGCUGCUGCGAAGCUGGACGCGGGUACGAGCGAUGGGGGACGAAAUCACGAAGAGAAGCAGCCGCAGACGACCGAGGGUGACGUCGGAGACGCUGCCGACGACGCCCGCAGCGAGUCGACGGUGGGUGCCGGCGGCCAGUUAGAGGGGGGUACAGACGACUCUUCAUGGGCAAGGGGCAACGGUGAACGUGGGGGAGGGAUCGAUGGUGAACAGGACCAAGACGGCCUUGGCCCGGGGGCAGAGGAUUGGGGCGGAGGAAUGGCCGAUGGUGCGGAAACCGGGUCAGCAUCGUUCCGCGACGAGCUGUUCGGCGAGGGGCAACAACGGGCGGCCGCCGCUUCUUGCGCAACGACCAAGCUAGGGGAAGGCGUCGACAGCAUCACGAACAUUGCGACGUGGAGGGACGUUCCCGGAGACGCAGCGUACCGCCACCCCCUUGCGGAGGAGAACGCGAGCAAGUACGUUACCCUGCAGAAGGACCUCGGAGGUUUCAACAACAUCCGCCUCAGCUUGGAGUGCGCCGUUGCGAUUGCCGCCGCCACCGGUCGAACGCUCGUGAUCCCUCCACCCUUCCAAAUCUGGAACAUGAAGGGCACGGCCAAGAAGGAGGUCGACCUACGUGAACUUUUUUCUUUCGACAAGCUCCGUGCGUCGGGCAGAGUUAACGUCAUCACCACGGCCGAGUUCCUGGAGCGGGAAGCGGUUACGGGUAACCUCGGCGUACAGCCUGACAAGAGCGUGAUGCUCCUAGACGUAAAGGCCGUCGAAGCAUACAUGGAGCAGGUGGCGAGCCAGUACGACGGGGGCCUCCCGGAGCUGAGCGUAGAAAGGGCGGCCCUGGUCAUGCCUCGGCGGAUAGACGGGAAAGUUGACCUCGAGGACGAGAGGUACGGGUUCGCCAAGAAAUGGAUCUAUGGGAGAGAACUGCUCGAGUAUCAAGGACAGCCAUGGGAAGAGGCGAAGGUUAUCCACUGGCGAGCGAAGGAAUCGCGUCUGUUGGCACCGUUCUACGCGUUCGUGCUGCACGCGGACGAGGCGUCCGACCAGUACCACAAGCGCCUCCUUCGGGACCUGAUGCACUACCCCGAGGAGGUGUACUGCAAGGCUAGUCAGAUUAUCUCGCUUCUCAGACAGGAAGACCCGUCCGGCGAAUUCAGCACGUUCCACGUCAGAAGGAAUGACUUUGGCAAAGCUUACAAGAGUGUCAUGAUCGAUCCGGCUGAUGUGAUCGCGAAUAGUUUGGACCACCUCAACGAUAACGAAGUGGUGUACGUUGCGACCGACGAGAAGGAUCUGUCGGUGUUCGAGCCCUUCAGGAAGAACGUUCGUGUGAAGUUCUUGUCUGACUACUACGAGCGAGCGGGCGUGUCCGAGCUCAACCCCAACCUCAUCGGCAUGCUGGAGCAGGUCGUCGCGAGCCACGGGCGGACUUUCACGGGGUGUUGGCUGUCCACCUUUACGGCGUACAUUCUUCGGCUCAGGGGACACCUACAGAUGCCCAGAAAGUCCAACUGGUCCUACUACAAUCCUAGGAAAGAGUACAACCAAGCUUACAAGCUGCCCGAGAACCCUCUGUGGAUGACCGAGUGGCCCUUCGGGUGGGAACGCAUCGACGAGACUGGCGUUCCUGACCCUAUGGCCCCCUGAUGAUAGAGACGCGGAGUGACUUGAAGUAGAAACCCUCCGAAGGCAUGCUUGGGGCAUGAUGCUUUGCACGCGCGUGCACGCCCCCCCACGCGCGCGUGUGUGUGUUGGCUGACUUGUGUUGUCCUGUCUCUUGUGAGCGUUGUCACUUCCGAACCUGUUGGUGUCAGCGGGUGUAGUACUGUAGUAGUGACCCUAGGCGUUUUGCCCCUUCUGUAGAUGUUGUCCCUGUUAAUACUGUGAAAUGUCGACUUUGUUAUGUGGUAAAUCGCAGCUCUUCUUUAGCGUUUGGCGAUACGUUGUCGCCGUUCCGCACGGCGACCAAAAGCGCUCGGGGUUUAUUUAGAGAUGCAUGUUGUCGCGAUGCCUCGAUUAAAGGAGAGCGCUCUACAUA